CUGCUCUGUUCUCCUUGGACGCUUGGGCUCGCCUCCCUCCACUCCCCAAGAUGACUUUCUACUACCAGAGGCAGUGUGAGGACCCCUGCUACACCCCCUGCAACUACGGGGCCGUGUACAGCUACCGGAGCUACGACUGCGGGAGCCCCUGUGGCUACCAGAGCGUCGGGGGGCUCUGCGGGUACCGCGACUGCUGCCCCUCCUACAGCACCCGCUACUGCUCCCCCUACUCCUCCCGCUACAUCCCGAGGUACAGCUACGGCAGCUGCUACCCCUGCUACCCCUGCUAAAC